AUGGCUGCCCCAGUCCCCAUCGUAGGCCUCAAGGGAGCAACGCUGAGUCGCUCUGGCCUUGUGAACUUUCUUCUGGAAGCCGUUCAUUUGCCCGAUCCUGAUGCCCAACUGUGCAUAUCGGAAACUCACAAUCUGACCCAGACAAUGGAGUGGCCUGGCGAUAGCCCACCACCACGCAAAAGAGCGCAGGUAGGACGAUACGAACGGCGAUGCGAUGCUUGUACACGCUUGUUUUCCCAACAAGCGCUACAGGAUCUGAACUCAUCUUCUGGCUUCGUUCAUAGAACCCGAAAGGGUAUCUGGUGGUCACAAAACUGUGACCUGUGCAGGUUCAUUCUGGAAGUUGGUCUGAAUGAAUUUGGAGCGCAUCUCUGGAAGGAUGAUGGACUCCUACGUUUCUGGGACUUGAAAUUGAACCCAGGAGACGAAAGCUCGGAUAUGAACGCCUUGACAGAAACUCGAGGAUCUUAUCUCGCCCUGAGCUACUGCUGGGGUGAACCAGACCCGAACAAGCAAAGUCGACUAUCAGAACUACGCUUGAACAACGAGCAAGAUCUAGUGCAAGAAAUCAAACUCGAAGAGCUGGAACAAUCUGUUCAAGACGCAAUACGCGUGACGCGAGAGCUAGGCUUUACUUAUCUCUGGGUGGAUAGACUGUGCAUCAUUCAAGACUGUUCAGAAGACAAGACAAGAGAAAUCAUCAAGAUGGCGAUGACAUAUAAGAACGCUGCAAUCACGCUAGCUGCCGGGACUGCCAAAAACGCAUCUGAAGGAUUCUUGGGAAGCUUACCUUUCAAGGAUCCAACGUAUCUGCCGUACAGAGAGUUCGAGAUACCGAUGACGGAUGGGCGUACUGGGACUAUCCAUCUGUCCGAAAAGCCAUAUCAGCCACACCAUCCUCUUGACAAAAGGGGAUGGACGCUUCAGGAGUAUAUGCUGUCGUCCCGCAUGCUCAUAUUCUCAGACUACCAACUCCUAUGGCAGUGCCAGGAAACUGAACUACAGAGCGUCACAGGAGAUAAUGAGGGUAUAGUAUACCAGCAGCGUCUUGAGUCACUGCCGUGGACUUCUUUCGAUGAGGAGGGUGAGCCGUCCUUCGGGACACAUGAUUCAGAGAAACUCUAUCUCUGGCAGACCAUCUUAUCUCAGUAUACGGAGAGACAACUGAAAGACCCCGAGGAUAGAUUACCAGCGGUCACGGGUAUAACAACCGAGCUACAAAAGGUCUGGCGAGACUCUCAUAUUUACGGCCAUUGGGAACGAUGGUUUAUUCAACUUCUGGCAUGGUGCAAGCCACAUAAAGCAAGAGCCUGUGAAAGACACACCAAGAGGGCUCCUAGUUGGUCUUGGGUUUCAGUCGAUGGCACUGUUGGAUUCCCAGCCACGAUGGACAUCGAGGACGCCAAGAUCGAGAUUCUCACUGCAGCCAAGGUCAGGCUAUACUGCCGGAUACUCCAGUUCCACGAAAUAAGCCCUUCUAAGCGGAACACGGUGUCUCCAAUGCUGGAUCUUGUGAAGUCAGCUUCAAAAGUUGAACUUGCAGGGAGAAAGUGCGAGUAUCUUCUCCUGGGUAAGCCCAUCAGCUAUACUCAUCGUCAACCCGGUAUAGCUCUGAUGGUGCUCAAAACGGCUAGUGGAAGUUAUAGAAGAGUCGGCUUAGCCUUGUUUUAUGAUAUGACAGUCUGGACUGAUGUCAAGUACCAGAGUGUUGAUCUUGAGCCGAAGGAAAAGUAG